AUGAACACGUCGUCCGUUGCGCUGUACCUCGCCGCGGUGCUAUCGUACGUCCGGUGGGCCAUCGCCGCUGCCUUCGCUUGGGCGUCGACCGCACGCCACACGGCCAAUGCCGCCGAGACCCCUGACCACUUUGUCGCCCGCGUAUCGCUGCUCCAAAGCAAUGGCGUCGGUCGCUCGUCAGAUUCUUUUGAAGUGGGCGAGAUCGACGACUCGGAAGAUGCGCUUGCCGGGAACCAGGAGGAUGACCAAUCGACGACCGCAAGAGCGUCCAUCGAGGACCCGGCGACGGCACCCGAAACCAGCGACGACGUCUUGCAGUACAUUGAAAGCUACAUGGCGUGGCUCAACACGCGUCGAGCAUCGAUCAAACCACUCCCUUCGGCUCCGAACGACGAGUUCCUAGCGUGGUUGAGCCAGAACGAGAAGGCCGAGACGGCGUCGCUAAGCAACCAGGAGGAACAUCUCAGCGACGUGCCACUCGAGCCAAAGAAAGCCCCAACGUCAAGCUACCGUGUGUUUCGACGCUUGUAUAUUCGCUCGAAAUACUAA